CGUUCGGUGCUAACGGUUGAUACGAUUCCCACGAAGCUCAUUAUCAUAUUUGGUUAUAACAAGCCAAAGUUUCAAUUUAACGCGGGAAAUUUAUUUUUUAUCGUGAAAAAAAAAUUUUUAUGAAAAAAUACAAUAGUAAUUACGAAUAAGCAAAAUUAUGUGUUAAUUUAAAGAAUAAAUCUUUGAACAGAGUUUUUUUUUAAAAUAAGAAACUGAAAUAUAAUUCGAAAACACGAACGAUCGUGCUGUCGUAACGAUUUCGUUUGAAAAAUAUAUUUGACGCGUAAAAAAAUAAAAAAUAAUUUUCAUUGCUGCAAUAAAAUUCGAUCCCCCAUAGAAUAGUUGACACCAAGUGUUAAUCUUUCAUGUUGAAGUACGAAAACAGAUAAGUUCACGUCUAAGUAUACACACGUAAAAACAGCGCGAAAAAAGUUGUGGAUUAUCGAAGGAAAGAAGAUAGGGAAGACGAAGCGUGGAAAAUUCAAAAUAAAUAGCGGAUGCUGACGCAAUGGCAAUCGGCGAGAACGCAAACGAGAACGCUCUUGCGAGCGGUGAGAAAUGGCGACUUCCGAUCCGUUAUCUCAUGGCGAUAUUGGGUUCAGUCGGACUCGCUAUAAUUUACGGCUUCAAGGUCAACGUCAGUGUCGCUAUUGUCGCGAUGGUUAACAAAUCAGCGCUGCACCACGAAAAUCAUCGGGAAAACCAAUCCUUGUCGAACGACGUUUGCAAUUUUGAUGACGUCACCGAAACUCGCUCCGAGGACGGUCCAUUCGUGUGGAGCGAAUCUCUGCAAGGCUACAUUCUCUCAGCCUAUUUCUGGGGUUACAUGGCCUCUCUCAUUCCCGGUGGUAGAAUGGCUGAACUCUUAUCAGCAAAAUGGGUCAUGAACGGUUCCGUUUUACUCAACGUUGUCGCUUCGAUCCUCUCGCCCGUGGCUGCCGAAAUGCAUUACGGCGUUUUUAUGUUCAUGCGAUUUCUCCAGGGUAUCGGCGGUGGGGUAACCUUCCCGGCGAUGCAUGUCAUGGUCUCAAAAUGGGCACCUCCGAACGAGAGAAGCGUCCUCGUUUCGAUAGUGUACGCGGGAACGGCUCUGGGAACGGUUAUAUCGAUAUUGUUAUCGGGUCUACUCGCGGCGAAACUCGGCUGGGUUUGGAUCUUUUACAUCGAGGGAGGUCUCUGUUUGAUUUGGUGUACCGCUUGGUGGCUCAUGAUCGAGGAUUCUCCGAAACAACAGCAACGUUUUAUCACGCAACAAGAGAAAAAUUAUAUCCUCGAUUCUCUGGGUCAGAAGAAAAAUAAUCUCCACGCCGAGAAGCCCAAACUUUCUGUACCUUGGCGAAGCAUUUUCACUUCGCCUGCUUUUCUCGCGAUACUCGUAGCUCAUUUCUGUAGCAAUUUCGGAUGGUACAUGCUCCUCAUCGAAUUGCCCACUUUUAUGAAUCAAAUACUCCGAUUCAACAUGUCUUCGAACGCGGGUCUCUCUUCACUGCCUUUCCUCUGCAUGUGGCUGUUCACUAUGAUUUUGAGCAAAGUGCUGAGCAUACUUCAAGACAAACGAGUCAUUUCCGUCACUUUGUCGAGGAAACUUGCAACGUGGAUCGCUGCCGGCGUACCUGCAAUCUGUUUGAUCGGCGUAUCCUUCGUUGGGUGCAACCGUUCGCUUGCUGUGGCUUUCAUGACUAUCGGCGUCACUUGCAUCGGUGGAAUGUACUGCGGUUUCCUCGCGAAUCACAUCGAUAUUGCUCCGAAUUUCGCCGGAACUCUAGUCGCUAUUACGAACUGUAUCGCGACCAUUCCUGGAUUUCUCGUGCCGAUAUUCGUCGGUAAACUCACCGAGGGGAAUCAAACGAUCGAAGCCUGGAGGAUAAUUUUCCUUUCGACCGUCGUUCUGUACGCAGUUCUCAUAGUCGUUUAUACAAUAUUCGGUUCGGGCGAGGAACAACCGUGGAACAGAGUACAAUCAAAGGAGGACGAGGAAACACCAACCGACCAGAACGUACCCCUCAAAGAAUCCAAUUGAAUUAAUUUUUUAAUUCACCCGCGAUCUCUCUUUUAAUUUCUAUUACGAUAAAAGUAUUAUAAUAUAUUUACAGACUAUUACUCCUUAA